GGGUCUUUGAGCCGACCGUUAAUUGAAUAGAACCAGUGAAUUACAAUUCGCAUUGUUUUCGAGACCAUUCAUCUCACUGUAUUUACACGUCUGCCCUCCCGCCAUCAUGUUUGUUAAAUCCUCGUCCGCUCUAUGGCUGCUGUUGAGUGCCUCGAGGUUGGCUUCCGCCUCGUUAACAGCUCAAAUUGGGUACUUUGCCGGCCUUGUUCCUGGGCUUCCAGGGCCUGAUCCGGGUGUUGGGUGUGGGCUUUUUGCGCAAGUGACGGACGGUUCAGAUACAGAACCGGCUACCUUUGUUACUUCUGGCGGCGAGCCCACAGACGGCUGCCCAGCAGCUGAACAAGCUCUUUUCUGCGGGAGAUGGGGCUGUCCAUUUGACAUGACAUUCGAUGGAGUUGUGGCAGUCACUGUUAACUCGGACAACUCGGGUGACAAGUCGAUCUCCGUCACAGCGACCGGUCUCAAUGGCCCGACUACCACGGUAUCGUGCCCCUGGACUGAAGAGACAUUGAGUAGCUCCGACUCUGGAUCCCUCUAUUCGACAUGGUCGUGUGACCUUAGCGCGCUUCAACAGUAAGACAUUAUGGAGCGAAAUUGGUAGAGUUUCCUACAAUUAGGCUCUCCUACGGCUCAUAAUUUGGAUGCGUCAACACAUAGAACGGUCAAGAAUCACUCAAGGGUGGCGGGCUAUGGGAAGCCACAUUAGGGUAUUCGAUUGUACAGGACGUUUAGGUAUCAUUCAUGGACUCGAGUGUUGUAACCACUGAGUAUCGCCUAGAUAGGCCAUGAAAUCGCUCUCAACAGCUUUUCCC